AUGAAUGAAAAAGAAAUAUAAUUUGAAAAUUAAUUAUUAUUUAUAAAUGGAAAUAUAAACAUAAACAAGAACAAAAUUAGUACAUUAUUCUCAUAUUCUUCCAAGAACUAUUAAGAAAAAUCUCCCACUGCAUUAAAAAGCAUUUUGAAGAAUAAUAGAUUGAAUAGUAUGAAGAAAAAUUAAUUAACUCCAAAAAGAGGGCAAGAGCAAGAUGUUGUUUUGGAAGCAUCUAUUCUUUCUAAGUCAUCAUCUCAAGGCUAUUAGUAUUUAUUUCAUAAAUUAGGGACAUAUACUCAAUGAGUUAAAAUGGAUCUCCAAGUCCACAUAAUGAGUAGGUUUUUUCUAGUGAUGGUUUUUAAAAUAUUUGGAAACAGAAAUCAUUGAAUAUUUUAUAUUAUGUCUCAAAAUUUAUUAGGCAGAUAAAAACAAGUGGAAACAAAAUCAAAUUUAAAUUAUUGAACACAAGAAUAUUAGGUUUAGUUAAUGAUGCAGGAAGUGAUUCAAGUGUAUUAUUAGAAUAUAGAGAUAUUUUGAAUAAUGUCAAAAUUACAAAACAAAAAUGUCACUUUAAUCAAUUUUUCAAAAUUUUAUAACUGAUCCCAAUAAUUGAUCCUGAUUAAACCAUUAAAAUAAUUUGGGAUAUUUUGAUGUUAAUUUCAGUUAUUAUUAAUUUGAUAUAUGUUCCUUUAGAAUUAAGCUUUGAUUUUAAGGCUUCAGAUCAAGUAGUUUUAUAUUUAAAUACCAUUCCUUCUUGGCUACUAUUAUUAGAUGUAAUAUUAACUUUAUAAACUGCUUAUUAUCAUGAAGGUACUAUUCAUAGGAAUCAAGCAGAAAUAUUAAAAAAUUAUAUGAAAGGUGGAAAGUUAAUGAUUGAUGUCUUAAUAUUAAUUCCUAUAUUAUUUUAAUAAUAUGAGAUUGAUAUCCUAAAAUUUGCUUUAUUAUUUCGAAUUGUUAAAUUACCUAAAAUGGCAAAUAAUCUUGAAGAAAUAUUAAAUCCAAAAGAGUCAAUUAAAAUGUUGAUUUAAUUGGCCAAACUAAUAUAUUUUAUAAUAAUAACAUGUCAUUUUUGUGCUUGUCUUUGGGGUUUAUUAGGUGAACUUUAAAUAUAAUAAAAUAGUUAUUCCUGGCUUACACAUUAUGGAAUAGAUGGAGAGAUUUGGACAAAGAAAUAUAUUUACUCAAUUUAUUAUUGCACUAUUACAACUUUAACUAUUGGUUAUGGAGAUAUCACACCACAAACUGAUUUAGAAAAAAUUUAUUCAAUCCUUUUAGCAUUGUUAGUUUGUGGUGUUUUAGGUUAUAGUGUUUCAACAGUUGGAAAUAUUAUUAAGUUGCUUUAGGAUAAAGAUUAAGAGUAUAAAUAAAAAUUGUCAAUAUUAACUAAUUAUCUGAAAAGCAGAAAUUUAAAUCAAUAAUUAUAAUUGUAAGUUCGUAAAUACUUUGAACAUUAUUUAAAAUUGGAAUAAGAAUCUUAAUUCAAAGCAGAGUUAAUGAUGUAAUAAUUAACAUAAGAUUUAAAGGAAAAAGUUGCUAUUGAUUUAUAUUUUAAUAUUCUAAAAAAUUCUAAAGUGUUGGCAAAUUUAUGUGAAAAUUGUCUAAAAAAAUUAUGUUUAUAUGUGCAUGAAAAGAAACUUGCUCCAGAAGAAAAAAUAUGGUCUCCAGACGAGAAAGGAACAAAAAUUUACUUCUUAUUAAAAGGUUAAUUAGAUAUAUUGGCUAAUAAUAUUAGACUAAAAACAUGUGAAUUUGGAGUAUUUGGAGAAAAAGAAUGUCUUACUUAAAGUUAAUAUUAAACCUAUUUGAAGGCUGUUAAAUUUUCUCAAUUAAUUUAUCUCAAUAUUGAUGAUAUAAUGAAAAUAUUAUAUGAAGAUUAAUAAGAUUUAGAAAGAUUUAAGAUGCUUUAAGAUAAUCUUAUUUUUAAUGAAAGUUUUAAAAAUUUUGGGUAAGUAUGUGAAAUAUGUGGAUGGACUCACUAAUUAAAUACUUGCCCUUUUGUUUUUGUAAAAUCAAAUAGAAACAAAAUCAUAACCAUUAAUAAAAAUUCUAAGCCAUAAUAAAGAUUUUUUCAUGAUCGAAAAUAUUACUCUUUUAAAACAAAAUAUUCACUAAAAGAUGUUUAAGAAUGUGGAUUAGCUUUUAUGAUAAACGAAAAAUUGAUUGAACAAAUAGAUUGUUCCGAUUAAUAUCUAUAAGAUUUAGGUUUUGACAUAUCAAAGUAAGAAGAAGAAUAAGAAGAUAAUUAUUAAUAAGGUAGUAAAUAAAAAUAAUUCUAAGAUUCAAAAUUUGAAUCAUUUUCAAAAAGCAAUACGUUUACUGAUUAUUUUAGAUAAAAUGAUCAAUCUAACUAUGAACACACCAAUAAAUUCACUAAUAAAAAUACUAAUAAACCAAAAUCAAUUAUCUAGAAUAAUAUUUAAAACUAGAGUGUGUAAUAAUCAAGUUAAUAAUCUCAAUUAUAAACUUCAAUUUAAUAAUAAUAACAGACAUAAGCAUCACCAUCAGUUGUGAGAUGGGAUAGUGAUAAUCUAAAACAAAAUAACCAAAAAAGAUCAACUCUACUAUUAAGAAAAUUAAAUAAAGAAAGAUCAAUAAAAAUAGAAAUGAGAUUGAACAAUAAAUCUAAACCUUCGUAUGUUUCAACUGUAAGGUAGGAGACCUCAAAUAAUAAAUCUAUAUAAAGAUAUGAUAGUGUUAUAAGUGGAAAACACACCAAAUCUAUUUAUCAUAGUAACAAUACAAAUUCUAUGGUUUCUCCUUAUGAUGACAUGCUAAAUAUGUUCCAGGAUGAUUAAUUAAUUAAUGAAGAAAAUAUUGACUUUAAUAUUGACAAAUAGUAUCUAAUGAUAGAAUAUUUUCCUUCUUUUAAUUAUGAUGUUGUAAUUAAGAAAUUUGAUCAUAAUUUAAUAACUAAGAGAACAAAAAUGCUAGCUACAAUUUCAAGAGGCAAAACCUUACAGAAAUAUAUUAAAUGA